GCGCCCGCGCCCGCGCUGCCGACGCCGCGCAGCGGCGCGAGGCCGAGCGCCGCCGCGAGGAGGAGCGCCGGCAGAAGGAGGAGGCCCGGCGCGCAGAGGAGGAGCGCCGGGCGGCCGCCGAGCGCGCGGCCGAGGAGGAGCGGCAGCGCCAGGAGCGCGAGAGCCUGGAGGCCGAGCGCCUGCGGCUCGAGGCGGAGCGCCGGCGGGAGGAG